AACUCCUCACCAUCAGAGAGAAGACUAUGAAAGGCGGCACGGAAUAUUAUUAUUUUAUCAAAAUCAGUAAUCUUGAGAGGGGGUCAAAUUGCUGCAUUUAAACAUCAAAGACGUUAAGUGGGGAUAUUUCUAUGCGCGCUUAUCCAUGUCGUCAGAUUCGUAAAUUGGAUGCUGCGCGUUUUGGAUGGACUCCUCGGUUAUUAGAAGGCUGAAUGUGAAUUCAUGCCAAUAUUCAGCCACUUCUGGAUAUACAUAAGGCGCGCACAGUCGGGAUGGAUUCGUUAAACGCCAGCGGAAUGGACGCGUUCACGGUGAUCCAUCUGAAUUCCUCCUGGAGUCUGGACAGUGGAUAUUCACUAGCAGCGAUAGCCAGCAUUGCGGCUCUUGUAAGUUUUCUCAUUCUGUUCACCGUGGUUGGGAAUAUUCUGGUGGUUAUUGCGGUGCUGACGAGCCGGGCGCUGAAAGCCCCACAGAACCUGUUUCUGGUGUCUCUGGCCACCGCGGACAUCCUGGUUGCCACUUUGGUGAUGCCGUUUUCUCUGGCGAACGAACUUAUGGGCUACUGGUAUUUCGGAAAAGUUUGGUGCGGUAUUUAUCUGGCUUUGGAUGUUUUGUUCUGCACUUCGUCUAUUGUUCAUCUGUGCGCAAUAAGCCUGGACCGCUACUGGUCCGUUACGCAGGCUGUAGAGUACAACCUGAAGCGUACUCCCAAACGCGUAAAGUGCAUCAUCAUCAUCGUGUGGCUCAUAUCUGCUUUCAUCUCCUCUCCGCCGCUCAUUUCUAUAGACAGCAACAAGGAUCUCAGCUCCCUGCCUCAGUGCGAGCUCAAUGAUGACACUUGGUACAUCCUCUCCUCCAGCAUCGCGUCCUUCUUCGCCCCUUGCAUAAUCAUGGUGCUGGUGUACAUCAGGAUAUAUCAGGUGGCCAAAACCAGAACCAGAACCAUGUCUGGGAAAACCCCCAGGCCAGAUGGUGUUACACAAACUGAAAAUGGACUGAGCAAAGCCACCUCCCCUUACCAUGGCGAGAGAGAGAACGGCCACUGUCAGUGCCCGCCUACGCCAAGCCAAGGCACCCUCACUAUCAUGCAACAGACUGAGGAUGGUGACAUGGAGGAGAGUUCCUCCUCAGAGGGCAAAGGUCACAAGCCGCAUCAGCAGGAGGACUCCCUAAAGGCCAAGAGGGCCAACCAAAAGAAAAGCUGCAAACAGUCCACUCGCAUCGCCAGAGUCAGCAACAAAUCCAUGGACCUCUUCGCCUCCAGGAGGAAGCGCCGCCGGAGCUCCUUUGCCAGGAAAAAGGUCUCGCAGGCCAGGGAGAAGAGGUUUACAUUUGUCCUGGCUGUGGUCAUGGGGGUGUUUGUUGUGUGCUGGUUCCCCUUUUUCUUCAGUUACAGCUUGUACGGUAUGUGCAGGGACUCCUGUAAGAUCCCCGACCCACUCUUUAAAUUCUUCUUCUGGAUUGGCUACUGUAACAGCUCCCUUAACCCUGCUAUUUACACCAUCUUUAACCGAGACUUCAGACGCGCCUUCCAGAAGAUCCUCUGCAAGUCGUGGGGGAAAUCCUUUUAG